GCCACGGUGACAGCUUCCCACCCGCCAGAAACCUUGGGGAGCGAGUCGCUCCGGCCGUCACUGGCUGCGGAGGGGCUGGAGGGACAGGGGGGCCGAGCCAGGCUGGAGGAGCCUCGCCUUCCCGAGGCGGGAGAGGAUUUUCCGGGGGCUUGUCUUCCCUUGCCGGCGACGAAUUUCCCCUCGGGCAGCGGCGGCCGCGGCGGCAGCAGCAGCAGCAGCAGCAGCGCGACCGCCUCCCGUGCAGCCCGGGGCAGGAUGCCGGUGCUGGAGCGCUACUUCCCCGCGGCGGAGCCCGGCAGAAGGCGCCCGGCCCGGGAAGGGCUGCUGCCCCCCUCCCUGGGCAGCCGGCCGGGGUGCCAGCAGGGGCCUUUGCCCUGGGACUGGCCAGAGAUGAUCCGGAUGGUAAAGCUGGUCUGGAAAUCCAAAAGUGAGCUGCAGGCGACCAGAGCGAGAGGCCUUCUGGAAAACGAGGAUGCUCUCCACGGCUCUCCAGGAGAUGUGCGUCUAAGAGGUCAGACAGGGGUUACUGCUGAACGCCGUGGCUCUUUCCCAUUCAUCGACUUCCGCCUACUUAACAAUACAACACACUCAGGGGAAAUUGGCACCAAGAAAAAGGUGAAAAGACUGUUAAGCUUUCAAAGAUACUUCCAUGCAUCGAGGCUGCUUCGUGGAAUUAUCCCCCAAGCCCCUCUUCACCUGCUGGAUGAAGACUACCUUGGGCAAGCAAGGCAUAUGCUCUCCAAAGUGGGAAUGUGGGAUUUUGACAUUUUCUUGUUUGAUCGCUUGACAAAUGGAAACAGCCUGGUAACACUUCUGUGCCACCUCUUCAACACCCAUGGGCUCAUUCAUCAUUUCAAGCUAGACAUGGUGACUUUACACAGGUUUUUAGUCAUGGUUCAAGAGGAUUACCACAGCCAAAACCCAUAUCACAAUGCUGUUCACGCGGCCGACGUCACCCAGGCCAUGCACUGCUAUCUGAAGGAGCCAAAGCUCGCCAGUUUCCUCACGCCGCUGGACAUCAUGCUUGGCCUGCUGGCUGCAGCCGCACACGACGUUGACCACCCGGGGGUGAACCAGCCAUUUUUGAUCAAAACCAACCACCACCUUGCCAACCUGUAUCAGAAUAUGUCUGUGCUGGAGAAUCACCACUGGCGAUCUACAAUUGGCAUGCUUCGAGAAUCCAGGCUUCUGGCUCACUUGCCAAAGGAGAUGACGAGGGAUAUUGAACAGCAGUUGGGCUCCUUGAUCUUGGCAACAGACAUCAACAGGCAGAAUGAAUUUUUGGCCAGAUUGAAAGCUCACCUCCACAAUAAAGAUUUAAGACUGGAGGAUGCACACGACAGGCACUUUAUGCUUCAGAUCGCCUUGAAGUGUGCCGACAUCUGCAACCCUUGCAGAAUCUGGGAGAUGAGCAAGCAGUGGAGCGAAAGGGUCUGUGAGGAAUUCUACAGACAAGGUGACCUCGAACAGAAAUUUGAACUGGAAAUCAGUCCUCUUUGUAAUCAACAGAAAGAUUCAAUCCCUAGCAUACAAAUUGGUUUCAUGACCUACAUCGUGGAGCCGCUCUUCCGGGAAUGGGCCCGCUUCACGGGAAACAGCCCCCUGUCUGAGAACAUGCUGAGCCACCUAGCACACAACAAGGCCCAGUGGACAAGCCUGUCGCACAAGCAGCCCAGAAGCAGCGGGGGUGGCAGCCCCGACCGCGCAGGCCCAGGGAUGGAGAGCAGGGAGCAGACCGCCCCGGAGGCCGAGGCCCUGUAGAGCCGCCCAGCCCGGCCCUGCUCCGAGAUGCCAGAGGCCUCGGAGAGGGUGCCGAGAGGGGACCAGCUCCCGGGGUUCCUGCCAAUGCCCCUAGCCACUCUCUGAGUUCUGUUCUUGGGCUCUUCUGAAUGCCCCUUCCUCCCAAUGACCCACGUCCCUCCACUCUCCCAGCAUCCAGAAGCCAUUUGUCACCUCAGCAUGAGCUGCUGAAACAAGCAGCUCCAUUCGGCAAAGUGGAAGCGAUUCCAGAGGCAGGCUUGCCGCCCCACGGAGAAGACCGGGGAGCAAGAAGGAGGUGCUCUGCCCUGUCCCCCGGGCCCCGAGUCCCGCUGUGCCAGGCACAGCUCCUGAGGCCAGAGCACGUUAGCAUCCGCCAGUGGACACUGGGCUGCACGUCUAAACACCAGCAAAUUCGGAGCUCCGAGGAUAUUGGUCUUACACGCAAGAGCACAAACGAGAGCGCGUGAGAAAGAAUCUUUUAUUUUAAUAAUAAUUAUUAUAAAAAUAAUAAUACAUCUUUUUAACUUUUAUAUUUUAUGCACUAGACAAUGGAUCUAAAACUUUGGACUAAGCUUACUCAAUGCACCCAAACUGAACAAGGGGGAACAUUGUUUUAUGGACUUUCGGCCACUUUGGGUCAGAGAUUUGGCAUCUUCUCGAUUUAAGAAACUGCGUUUCCCAUGCAAUCCGAGGAGAAGGUGCUGUAGAGUUCAUUCCUUUGCACCCUUAGGCAGUCUGAAUUUGAUGGAUAGCUCAGAUUCAGCAACAUGUUUAUAUUUUCACGUGUACAUUUUCUGUAAAUACCGAGCGCUACUGAUUCUCAUGCCAAAAUACAUGAGUGUUAUAUGGGAUUGCUACCUAUAUAAACGAUGGCACUGUGAACAGAUUCUUGAUAGUUUUCAUGCAAGAGAAUGCAUUUGUAAAUAUGGUAUAGAGUUUAUUAAUAUACUAUUGUUCGCUGAUAAAGGCCUUAACUUUUCUGAAAGCUGCCCCUCCUGAAGUCCUCACAGGUAUCUUUCCAAACUGCCUUCCCACAUCCCUCUCUAGGCUUUGCAGCUAAAGUCACAAACCAAAACAGAAUAAAGCCCUCGAGGAGAUAUUCUGGAAACUUCAUGUGCCGUCCACCUGAGACCGUGAUGUUUAAUGUCUGGCACUAAGCAGGUUUCCUCAGCUUAACAAGGCGCUUGAGCAAGCCUAAAGCUGCGUGUCAGUGCGGCCGCGGGGCACGCUCUCUUUUAACAGCCAGCUGAAAAGCGUGUGUUUGUGGCACAUGGCGAUGUGUCACCCCCCCCAAGAGAGCUUCUCUGACCCUGUCAUCCGACCAUCAGGGAAUUCCCUGCGCCCACCACACACAUUUGUCUGUCAUGGCUACAGUACCAAAGUACCUUUGGUUUACGGUUGGCGUCCAUUUCUUUGGAGUUAAUAGUAACUGGGUUUUUAUUUUUCCUUAAUUUUGUGUGAACAGCUACCCAACUGUUUAGCUGAAGUCUCCAUUAUUUAAGUAAAGAAAACAUUUUGGUUUUCCAAAAGACUUUACCUUCACUGGCAGGUAAUUGUGGUUGAUUAUGGUUCUAGCCAGCCUGGGCACUUUGGAAUUCCGUUGCCUUUCUUUUUACAUGCCCAUAAAACCAAUUUGUUGUAGUGUUCUUCUCUAGUCUAUUAAGCUCAAUGCAUUGAACCUUUUCUUUAGAAGUUCCAACAUAACUAAUGUUAGGUGAAAAUUGGCAAUACCCCUUUCUCUUGCCCAUAAACAAUUUAGUCGUGGGAGAAUGCUAAUUUCUGCCACUAUCAAGCAGUUUUUCAAGCCUGAUAGAAUAACAGCUAAAUCUCAUUUAUUUAUUUUUCUCCUAACACUCAAAAUGAAAUGUUGGAAAUGUGACUGGAUUGUAAUAAGUUCCUGUAGACAGACUAAGCUUAGCCAUGUCAAGUUUAAAGGAGAAAUUUUGGAGUGUCGGUUGCAUUAAUUUUCAUUGAAGUAGGGGAGGUUAUCAGAUGUUGCUGAAGUAACUUGUGAAAAGCUGAUGAAAUGGUUCGAUGAUAAGUUGAAAUUAUUGAUAUGGGUAAGAAGGGAAGUUGCAAAAACUGAACACGAACUUUGUUUUUCUAUAAUAACUGUAAACUGAUAGAUAUUUCUUUAUCACUUUAAUACUCUGAAGCUCUCAGUUCAGUGAGGCCCCAAAAGAGAAUAUGAUGGAUGGAAACUUGCUUCCAAAACCUCCCCUACCUCGAUUUGAUGAUGCAGAAAGGGCUUUGAGUGGUCUAUUUUUAAUGUCCAUGAGAUCAAGUCAAGGGAAGAAAUCACUGAGGAUGAUAAAACGAGGCAAUAGAAGACACUCUUUUAGCUAAUGGGGCCUCUGGCUUGAGUUUAGGAAAUGGACCUCGUUUAAAUUAUAACGACAUUCUAAUUUAAAUAAAUAAGACGGGUAUUAGUGCUUCCAAGUCUAUAGGGCGAAAGUGUUUAUGUUAUAAUUAGGUCUUGAACUCACACAAAAAAACUAUCAGCUAUCCAAUGGUUAAGCUAUGAGUACAAUGAAAGUCUGAAGCAAAAGAGACAUGAUGCACAAAACAGGUUCAUCUGUCUCCUUCAUUCAGUCAUCUUUGGCAGAUGAAGAGAAAGGAUGUGAAAAUGUGAAAACCUCUUUUUUUUUUUUUUUCCCUACUAGUUAGUGGUGCACUUGCAAUAUUUAGAUAGAGGGAGUUGGAUUUCUAGUUAAAACACAGCCAUUGGAUUACCCGUGGACUUUGUCAUUACAAUUCUUCUCCUAGUCCAUGGACCGACAGUUGACUUACCAAAUUUGAUUUUCAUUGCUUGAGAAAAAAGGAAUCAAAGGGCUAUUGCUUUGGGGAGUGAAUGGUAAAGUUAGGAUCAAAUUAAAUGAGAGAAAUUAUAUCACUGCCCAGCCCAAUAGCAAAGGCCACUUUUCCUUUCAACAGCAGCAGUGACUAGUGAGAACCUCAUCCAAGAAACAGUGGCCUGCCCAUAACUCCCUUCUAGGCACUGCCACCAUCAGCCUCUUUCCUACCAGCUGACAGCUUCCCACAAAGGGAUUUGGAGAGCAUCCCAUGAUACUGUGUUCAAAUGCUUCCUGCAAAAUCCAGACUCGGUUUUGUAGCCUUUUCUCCCUUUGGAUCAGAUCUGCUCACUGAUUUGGAUUUGGUUUAUGAACUUGUGUUUCACUAUUUCUCAUGCUUUGUUCUUUUAAGCAAACCCUUAAAAUUGUGUUGUUUUGUGUGCAAACGUGAAGUUUGGGGGAAAAAAAAAAAAAAAAAAAAAAAAAA